GAAAUUUAUACUCUUCUUUAACUCAAACCCUGAGAAUAAAAACUCUAUUCGAACUUAAAGCUCGUCUGUUUCGCGUCCUCGUUUCAAAGCACGCUGAUAUUUGAACAUGGUCCAUCCUACAUCAGCUGGCGACGGUGUAUUGUGGGUCAAAUUUCCUCGCAGUGACGGAUACUCAAGGCCACCACGCUGGGGGAAGGGUAAGAGCUGGAAAGAAGUGAAGGACGAUGAACUCUCAGAACCAUACCGUUGGAGAUGGUAUAAAGCAAUCGGAGAGGCGUUGGCUCGUGCUUUCGAAUGGAAUGUGACGGAUCCAGCGUCGUGCAUCCUCUCUUCUUUUCCUCAAGGCUAUGUCUUUUACUUCGCUGAUAGAGAGUAUUCAAGAAAGCACAAAGACGUUUACCUCUGUGGAAGCAAGAUCUUCAGAAGCCCCCUCGAAUUCAUUGAACACGCCAUAUGGCUAUACAAAGAUCCAAAUCUCACUCCAGAGAAGUGUCGAUGUACAAAGUGUACCCGCACACCACAAAGCGAAAUUACUAAAGACUUGAAAUCAAGAGGCAUCUUCCCGGAAAUCAGUCUAUCGCAGUCGACAACGCAGAGACGAUCGAACCGCAUCAUACGGACACGAUACCCGGAUAGUCAACCCACAUUUUCAUCUACUGGCCAGGAAACCCCGACACGAUCCCAGACCAAUCCGCCAGGACUCCCGCUCGAACCCGAGCGCGAAUCCCAUGGUAGACAGAAGGUCACCACCCCCACCAGACCAUCACCUGAAUUUCAAUUUCGAAUUGGGGACCUGGUCAACGUUCUUCUAGAGCAUACUAUUGAAAGUACCAAUCCCAACACAUCCAUUCGCGUCUGGCCCGCAACCAUAGUGGACGUUAUCCCUGCGCUUUAUCCCCAGUUACGCGAAGCAGUUGGCUAUAACUCCACUGGGUCAGACGACUGCAGUGAUAUCGUGGUUCAAGUCCUCGGAUUUACAGACCUUCAACUCACCCUUCCUCCCGAUGAAAUACUCCCCUACAAUCCUAUUUUCCACGAUAUCCCACUUUCCGACUCUCUUUCUUUGGAAAUUGUAGGGAACAACUCGGUCAACCAUGUUCAGGAACUCGCUUCACUUCCCUCUGAAUUUGAAGUCGCUGCUCCCUUGUAUCAUCACGCUGUACGACUCGCGUCCAAAAUCGCAUCCGAAUGGUCUAUACUAGAGCGAUGCCAAACCAAAACCCUCGAUAACGGCGAGACUCUCAUACAAGCGAACUCGAUAUGGCUCGGAGGAGAGGAGCUUCAGGUUGGCGAUUUCGUCAAGGUUGCUCUUCCAAACGACGUUCUCAAUGAACUCGUGAACCGGGCCGGGCCCUCACCUUCACCAAAACUUGAUGGAAUUUUCGCACAUAUCUACGGGUUUGAUAUCAAGAUAGAUACCCAGGCCCGGGGAGAGGCAGAUCUCAGUGUAUCAGUUGCCCUCUUCAAGCUGGAGCCAGAGGAAAACGACGGAAAUGGACGCAUGGAGGAUACGGGUCUACCGCCACCACCAGUCGGAUUCUCCUUCCGCUUGCUUCACGACUCAGACUCGUCGGAGGCGUUGAAUGGGGACUGGAUAACUGGGAGGUAUUACCCGAAUUAUCUAGCUCAGGUAACAACAGAGAAGCGACUUGAUGAUGAUCUGCUGCUGGAGCAGUUGUCUAAAUUCUGGGAAGUGGCGGGGUUGAAGAUGGGACUAGUCGUGAAGAGGCUCUACAUAGAGUGA